CUGAAAGUACUUAUGUUGUCUGCACUUCUGCAUUUUUUAUUGGCUUCUGUUUGGUGUGCAGGCUUCAAACUGUGAGGUUUUUGUUUUUAAUCUCAAGAUACCUUUGUCAAAACCAAGAAUUCUGUGGCCGCUUCUCUAAUCCUCACUGGGGUGACCAGCUUAACUCUCUGGUGCUGGUUAAGGAGCCACAGGAUCUGAGGCCUUCCUCAGAACCCCUGGAGCUGCGUGUCCCAGGUCCCGGGUCCACAGCCACCUCCAUCCUGGCUCCGCGUUGGCCUUCUGGUCAGCCCAGGGCCCACGUGGCGAGGAGCAGAAGUCACCAACAGGAGCCUUUGGCUCCUUUCUGCUCCCAUCUGAUCAGUCUGAUUCUCUUCCCAGCCAUUCACUUCUUUGAGGUAGAGUGAGGGCUCGGGUUAGGGUUAGGGUUAGGGUUAGGGUUAGGGUUAGAGGUUACGCUCUCCUCUCCCUAAUCCUAAGGAAUGAAGCUUUCUGUCUCUUCUCCUUUUCUCUGCCUUGUUAUUCAGUCUUUCUUCCUCUUUGUUUGCCCUUCCAUUCAUCCCCUCUCUCUCUCUCUCUCUCUCACACACACACACUUACACACACCACCAGCGUUUGUUGCCCUCUACAGAACUUGGUCCCCUCCAGUCAUGCCCAAUAGCCACUGGCCCUUGUCCUGGGAGGCAGCAGCUGUGUCUCUCGCCCGGGCUGGGAGUCUUUAGGAUGGAGGUGAGUGCCCCUUAGCCAGGAGAGCAUAAUGCCCAGCAGCUGCACUGAGGUGAGGGUCUGUCUGCUGAUGCCCUUUGAGGCCCCCUGUCCCCAGGUGACUCUCCCCUUCACAUCGAGUCGUCUCUGAACCCAUGUCAGCCUGGCAUCAGGGCCAGGUGCUGGGUCGGCUGAGCUCUCUGAGCCACACAAGCUCCUCUCUGCAGGGCACCGCCAUCUUGCCCAACCUGGCCUCUGUGCUCUAUGACCCUGAGUACUGGGAGACCCCCGAACCGUUCAACCCUGGCCACAUCCUGGACAAGGAUGGAAAUUUCCUGGCCAAAGAGGCCUUCCUGCCAUUCUCUGCAGGGCAGCGGGUGUGCCUAGGGGACCAGUUGGCUCGGAUGGAGCUCUUCUUGAUGUUCACUACCCUCCUCAGGACCUUUUGGUUCCAACUACCAGAGGGGAGCCCAGGGCUCAGGCUGGAGUACAUCUCUGGGGGCACUCGGCAGCCCCAGCCCCAGAAAAUCUGUGCUGUGCCCCGUCUGAACUGCCGCAACCCAGGUGCUAGAGAGGAGGAUCUGUAGCCAAUGGUGGGGUCUGGAGACUUGCCCCCACAGAGACUUUCCUUAGUCUCUCUCAGCUCCUGAAAAGUUGGAGAAUAACGGGUUCACCAGCUCAGCAGCCUGUGGUUCCCCGUAACACCAGCUGUGAUGAGUGACAUUGGAAAGUGAACUUAUUAAAGGCUCUACAAAGGUGGCUCAGUUUUGGUAGCUCGGUUCUUAGGAUUUUACAAGGUUAGUUAAGAGGUUUGACCUUGAAUCACUUCACAAGAUUAAUUUGGGGAGUCAAGCUUAACAGCCUAGCAGCUAAGAAUAUUCAGAGGGAGAGGGAUUUGAGAAGAACUAUAAAUAGAGUACUGCAUCCAAAUACUAUAGAUGCCGGCCCCGGAUAGUCCAAAAACUGGGAAGCUUAUUUUCUGUCCUCUCCUGCCCUCUACUGACUGGAUGCAAGAAGUGCAAAUCCCUGCUGACACAGGACUGGGAAAGAUGUCCCCUAGUCUCUGUAUCAGGCAAAGGCAGCAACCUAGAAUGCCCCAAGGUUUAAAAUACUGUGUCUCUAGACAAGUCUUGCUUAUUAAAAAAGAAUAACUUGUAUUAAGGAAAUUAAAAUUAAAAUCAAAACGAGAUACCACUACACACCUAUUAGAAUUGCUAAGAACAAAGACCUGAGCCCAAGUACUGGAAUUCUCACACACUGCUAAUGGGAAUGUAAAAUGGUGCAACCACAUUGGAAAACAGUUUGGCAAUUCCUGGCACAAUUAAACAUUAUACCAUACAACCCAGCUGUCUCACUCCUAGGUAUUUAACCAAAAGAAAUGAAAAUAUAUGUUCAUAACAAAACCUACUGUAUGAUGCCAUUUCUAUGAUACUCUUGAAAAGGCAAAACUAUAGGACAUAAAAUGUAAAUGGUUGGCAAGGUCUGGGAGUAGGGUGAUGGGUUGAAUAUAAAAGGACACAAGGGAACUUUCUGGGGUGAUGGUAAUGUUCUGUAUCUUGAUUGUGGUGAUGGUUACACAACUGUAUGUGUUUGUCAAAAAUCAUUGAAUUUUAUACUUAAAAGGGCGAAUAUUAUUGUGCACAAAUCCUAUCUUAA